AUGUCGACAUUCAACACACAAAAGACCGUGUUGAUCUUUGGCGCCACCGGCAAGCAAGGCGGCGCUGUCAUUGACAACAUCCUCUCAAACUCCCCUGACUCUUCCUUCCAUCUCAUCGCAGUCACCCGUGACACCACCAGCCGCAAAGCUGGAGCACUUGCGACUAAUCCCAAGAUAUCUGUUGUGGAGGGUGAUUUGGACAACGUCCGAGCAAUUUUCGCCAAAGCUGGACCAGUAUGGGGCGUCUACAGUGUACAGAUCAAUUCGGACGCAGAAGAACAGCAAGGCAAGGCUGUCAUCGACGCCGCUGUACAGCAUGGUGUCCGCCACUUUGUCUACUCCUCUGGAGAUCGCGGUGGGCCUGAGCGAUCACCCAGUAACCCGACCUACGUCAAGAACUUUGCCGCAAAAUACGCCAUUGAAAAACAUCUCGAACAGCAGGCGCGUGAAAGCGUACAGCAAAUGACAUACACUAUUCUCCGACCGGUAACCUUCUUCGAGAACAUCACGACUGAUAUCCAUGGAAAGGGCUUCGCCCGAAUGUGGGGGCAGAUGGGAAGUAAGAAGCUUCAGAUGGUGUCGACUAAAGACAUUGGCUGGUUUGCGGCUCAGAGUCUCAUCUGGCCGGAUAUGUAUAGGAAUAAGGCGCUGACCCUUGUGGGUGAUGAGCUCACACAGCGUGAGGCGGAUGCAAUUUAUUUUGAAAUCAUCGGCCAGGGGAUGGCUCUGGCGCCUUGUCCGGUUGCGAGCGCGGUCAAGUUUGUGUUGAAGGGGUCUGUUGGUGAUAUGUUCAAGUGGUUUGCAGAUGAGGGAUAUCGUGGGGAUGUGAAAGAGUGCCUUAGUUAUAAUCCUGGGAUGCAGGAUUUUAGGGCCUGGUUGAAAGAGAACAAGAAGAAUUUUGAGAAGAAUAGCAAGUUGCGAUGUGAUUCCAAGGAGAAGUUCCCUGAUCCGUGCUCUCGAUGCAAUGCAAGACACUUGUUCUGCACGGUGGACGCCACUUUCAAGAGGACACCGGCGAGAAAGCGUUUGGAGGCUAUGAGCAAGGAACUUCAAGAACUACGCAAUCAGACUCAUCGUACGGAGGAUCAAUUGGUGGCUGGAUCUAGCUCUACUUCCGAGAGCAGAUCGCCGGCAUCUCAGGAUGAAGGUGUAGAUGACUUUGAGCUUACAUCGUUUACUGUGAGCUUGGCUGGGGUAGUCCUCGACUCUUCUACUGCGACAGAGGCCUUCAUGGUUUUCGCAGAGUACAUGCGUCCUCGACUUCCGGUGGUCGCAUCCCUCUCCGCUCAAGCAACUUAUGAGAACCAGCCCUUCCUCUUCUGGACGAUUGUUACAAUUGUGCUCUGCCGUUUACCUGAAGCAGAGAACAUUGCAUUGUUUCAGUUGCUUCGGGCGCCAUAUGAGAGAUUGGUUCAGGAGACUGUAACUGACGCGCCACUACCACUGUAUAAAGUCCAAGCUUUGUUACUUCUAUGCAACUGGCCAUUGCCUACAGACAAACAAUGGAAAGAGCCCAGCUGGCUGUACUGUGGUGUUGCUAUCCAAGCUGCUCGAUAUUUGAGUCUUGAUCGUCAGCAAACUAUUCCAUCUCUUCGAGUCAUCGGAGUCACAUCGGGGAGUAUUCGGUCAAGAAUUAACACGUGGCUGUCUUGUUUCAGUGUAUCGACAUCACUGAGCUUACACCUGGGCCUUCCCUGUCCUAUUGAAUCAGAACUGGACUUUGCCGCGAUUCAUGGAUUUCUGAAACGACAAACCGUUCCGCCAGCCUUUGCAAUUGAAGUACGCAUUCAACUCGUUGUCGCAAAAUUCACAGCGCUACUCAAUCAUGAGCUGGCAGACGGCACGAGCUCAUCAUUCCUUCGCUUGUUUGACACUGAACUUGAUGCGAUAAAGAACGAGAUUCUCCCAGGUGAAGAAACGAAAAGCAUAGUUGAAUACGCAAUCCUAGACGCCAAGAUGCACAUAUACACACUCGUAAUAACAAAAUCCCCGGCAAAUUCAUCCUCCCGCCAGAUCCUUCUACGAACAGCACGCGACAUAGCCUUACGAAUCGUCGAAAUUGGGACCCGCGCCAUUCGUAACAAUCCCGAAAACACCACCCUUAUCCGACGCGAGAAAUGCCAACCGAAGGACCGCCACAGAUGUCUGGGUUUCUCAACAAUCUUUCUCCUCAAAUUCUUUAUCCGCCAAAGUUCAGACAGCCCCGAAGAGCGACAGUUAGUAGCCAAUCAUGUCGCUAUGGCACAAACGCUGUGCAGAGCAUGUACUAUUGACCCAAAAGAUGAGUUCAGUCGGAUUGUGAGUGUGUUCGAAGCACUGGGGCGUGAUAGUCCCGGGGAGGAGGAUAAGACAAAGCUGGUGCUUAAUCAUAGAAUGGGGGUGUCAUUGAUGUUUGAUGCUGUUAAUACAGCGGGGAAAAUACGAGGAAAGCCCGUUGAGGUAGAAGAAGGUGAAAGCGGGACAGUGGAGGAAACAUCGACAGAGACGGUGCAGGAUCAUGGGGAUAUGAUGAGUCAGGUGGAUGGAAAUCCGGAGUUUUUGAAGAACUUUUGGAGUGACCCAUACACGAGCUUGCUCCAAUUUGACCCAGCAUCACUGGAGGGUGAUUACCCAAGCACCUGGUAG